AUGUGGGGGGGCGCUCUGGGUGGCCGCCCACGCCUGCUGCGAUAUGCUGCAGAGUAUGCCAAGGUGGUGCAUCUACUCUUGCAAUCCCAGCAAACCCUAGUGGAGACAGUGGAAAUGGCGCGAGUCACAGGGCUGUUGCUAUCCGACGUGCAGUACCGCGCUCAAAUGGCACGCGUACACAGCCUACUCCUCCGCACCGCCGGGCCUCAAGGCUGGCUGCUCGGCGGUGCUGACCCCUCUGGGAACCUCACGCAGUCGCCCUUCCUACUGCACCCUAGGGAAGCGCGCACGGCCGGCCUGUACCGCUCUGAACCGGUGGCCGUGCUGGACUUUGCGUCGCUGUACCCGUCGCUGUUUGUGGCGUACAACCUGUGCUUCUCCUCGCUGCUGCAUCCGGGAGAUAGGCACCGCGUGCCUGAGGAGCAUGUGUUUGUCAGCCCCACGGGAGCAGCGUUCACGCGGGCAUCACUGCACCGCGGUGUGCUCCCCCGCAUCUGCGCCGCUCUCAUCGCUGCGCGCAAGGACACGCAGCGCCGGCUCUCCGCAGCGCCACACACUGCUCCCCGCACAGCAGUGACAGCAAUGAGUGCGGAGGAGCGGGCGGUGCUGGACGGCAGGCAGAGGGCGCUGAAGCUGUGUGCGAACGCGCUGUACGGGUUCACAGGGUCCAACGCGUCUCCUCUGCGCUCCGUGCCUGUUGCCGAUUCCUGCCUCGGGCUGGGAGCAGCAGCAUGCAUGCACGCCAAAGACGCCACCUCCCAGAUCUUCCCCGGAGCAUGCCGGGUGAUCUACGGGCAGACGGACAGCAUCUUUGUGCUCUUCCCAGGGAAGACCCCGGCAGAGGCAGCAGCAAUGGGUGCAGAGUUAGCAUCGCGCCUGUCGGAGCUCUUCCCUGCACCCAUGGCUGUGAAGCUGGAGCGAGUGCUCUGCCCCUUCAUGCUGCUUCAGGUCAACCGCUAUGCAGGUCGACAAGUCUACCCAGUGCCAUCUCCCCCACCACCCGCACCACCCACACAACGUACAGCAUCUCACCAGCACCAAGGCAGCACCGUAGCAGAAGCAGCAGCACAGGAAGAAGAAGAAAGAGACAUGUCGCGGCUGCUGGUGAAGGGCAUUGAGACGGACCGCCGCGACGUGCCGUUGUUUGUGCGUGCCACGUGUCGCGCCGUGAUUCGCCGCAUCUUGGUGAACGGUGACGUGGCGGCGGCUGCACGAGAGGCGAGGGAGGCUGUGGUUCGGCUGAUGACAGGCGGAUGUAGCAUGUUUGAGCUCGUUAUGACCGGGGGCCUGUGGCGAGUGAACGACAGUGACCUAUCAGCCAUCGCACAGCAGACAGCAGCAGCAAGUGCAGGUGCAGCAGGUGCAGCAUCCAGAGGCCUUCACUCCUCUCAGCGACCAGAAGCAGCAGCAGUGGGGGGAGCAAGGAGAGAGGGAGGUGGGCCGGCAACGGCUGAGGAGGGGCGGGGCCCACACGUGGCUCUUGCUGCUCGUCUCAAGGCGCGCGAUCCUGACCGUCGGUUUCUUAUUGGGGAGCGGAUUCCAUACGUUCUUCUUGACAGCGGAUCACGGCUGCAGGAUGAUAUGGCAGAGGAGCCUCUGCGAGCCCUCCUCUCCCAACUGCCUCCCAACGCGGCUGUGUACGCACGCAACAAGCUGCAGAAGCCACUCUUCUCCAUCUUCCAGCACCUCCUAUCACCAGAGGACAUGGCAUCCAUCUUCGCACCUGUCCCCUCGUCUCACCGCCCUGCCAUGCCUCCUGCCUUUCCCACCUCCGCCGCUCCUUCACCGUUCACCUCACCGCACACCCGGGCGCCGGGGCAGCAGCAAUCUGCAAUGACGACUUUCUAUAAGAAGCAAGCUACAUGCUUGGCGUGCCGGGCACCAUUGCGGAUCAACAACUCGUCCCACUCCUUCUGUGAAGCAUGCCGAGAGUCAUCCAAAAGCUUAUCAUUCGCUGUAACACAGCAGCGCGUUGAGGCAUCGCUGGAAGCUCAAACGCAGCAAGCAAUGCGGGCUGGGCAGGGCAGCAAACAUGGCUCAAGUUGCUCUGGAUAA